AGUACCGAUCCGGAACCCGCCUUGCCCACACGGCCACGGGCCAUACGUGACGCCUUGUCGGAUCCCGGUGGUGCGCCCUCCUCGCCGGACGGAGCGCCGUUGCCGCUAGCCAUGGACCCUGAGGCGGUGCGGAAAACCCUGAAGCCCACCGCUUCCGCCGCGGAAAUCACCGGCUCCACCCCUCCCCAGCUCCACUUCUACGACCCCUUCGUCCUCAGCGGCGUCAGCGUCGAGUCCGCGGAGCACGGCCGCCUCCUCUGCUCCUUCGUCGUCACCCCUCGCCUGGCGAGCCCCGCGGGGUACCUCCGCAGCGGCGUCACGGCAACGCUCGCCGACCAGGUGGGGUCGGCCGUGUUCUACUGCAGCGGGCCCGUCAGCAGCGGGGUCUCCCUCGAGAUCAGCGUCUCCUAUGUCGACGCGGCUGCCGUCGGGGAAGAAAUAGAGGUUGAGGGAAAGUUGUUGCAUGCUGGAAAAUCAAUCGGCGUGGUAUCUGUUGAUUUCAGGAAGAAAAAGACAGGAAAAUUGAUGGCACAGGGCCGUCAUACCAAGUAUCUUGCUGCAUCAAGCAGAUUGUGAAGUCCCCUUCUGUUCCAAAAUAUAAACAUGAUUAUGUCAACUCUCCAUUACCGUGCCAUUAUUAAUAGGCUAGAAUCAUACGAUGCUUGUGCUCUGCAUCUAUUUUCAAGAAUAAAAAGGAUUGUAUCUAUCUGAAAUUCCAGUAUCAACGGUGAUUUUGUGAUGCA